AUGGCAUUCACAAAGAUAAACCCCCAAGUUCAAGGAAAUCAGACCGAGUCCCCAAAUCUUAUAGAUGGACACGUCUGUUUUUUCUUACCACUUCAGUAUCUCUCUGGAGAGAGAACCACCGCAAGAAGUACACAAAUUGAUCUCAGCCUUGAGGAUACGGAAAAUGAAAACACUGCAGACGCACAAAAAGGUGGCGACAUAUCAGAGGAGGAUAAGAUGGAGAUCGGCAUGACCUACAUGAAAGUUUUCCAAACUCGUGAGUUUUUAGAAAACCUCAAAACAGAGAUCAUCAAAGCAAAGCCACCGAACGCACAAGACUUCAAAGACCCAUUCGUUAUCACCAAACAGCGUUUGAUCCGAGACCUUCAAUUCUGCGGGAUAAACAGCAUCGAAGACUCAGACUCCAACCCAUCAUGGUCCGAAGGCGAUGACAUUUCAGAUCUCAACGCCAAAUCCGUUAAAUUAUGCUACAAUAACAUCGGUAUCUUCCUUGACUUCAUGGCCGAGAUCUUCAAACGUGAUUCACUCGAUAAUCGUGGUUGUAAAGUCAUCGCCAGCGUCAAUUAUGAAUUCAAUUAUCCCAACGCAUUCUAUUCAUCCGCAUUGGGGCAAGUGGUGUUUGGCACUGGGUUCUCCAUGACAGGGUGGAUGGAGAGCGAUACAAAACCAGUAGAUGAUUUCAUUGGUAUAAUCGGGGAUUUUGUGACAGGUAUCGAUAUCGUUGCUCAUGAACUCAUGCAUGCCGUGAUCCAGUGUACUGUAGAUCGGGGCCAUGGGUUGGAUUACAAAGGAGAGCCUGGCGCUCUAUCAGAGUCGAUUGCCGAUGUGUUUGCAAUUAUGACACAGCAGUGGUAUAGUUUUAAGAGUGAUCCCAAUUGGAAGUUAGAGGACUCCGAUUGGAUCAUAGGAAAAACUGCUAUUCUACCCGGACAUCCUGGUAUGGGCCUAAGGUCUCUUAAGGAACCUGGAAAGGCAUUCGAGAUCGCUACCAAAACUAAGGUACUCAAGGAUUUACAAAUCCAACACUACGACGAAUAUAAUGACAACCUUGAAGUCCAUAUAUCAUCGGGGAUCCCGAACAAAGCCUUUUACGAAGCCGCCAAAGAGAUCGGAGGGUUUUCUUGGGAAAAAGCUGGACAAAUCUGGUACCGUGCCCUGAUCGAUACAGGGUUAGAUAAGACAUGUUUAUUUUCCAAUUUUGCCAAUUCUACGUUUAAAGAAGCAGUGAAGAUUGGGAAAGCAACUGGUGACCCUGAUUUAGGAAAGAAGGUCCAGCGGGCGUGGAGGAAAGUUGGAGUGCAGUAUGAUACUUGGGAUGAUUAG